AUGCGGGUUUUCGGCUGCCGAACGUUUGUGCUGACCCCUAAGGAAAAGAGAUCGAAAUGGGAUCCGAAGGCUCGUGAAGGACUAUUCAUGGGGUACGAAGAAGUGUCAAAGGCAUAUCGCGUUUACGACAUUGAAGUGGACCAAGUGGUGAUAUCUCGCGGUGUCACAUUCGACGAAUCAACGUUUGGUUUCUCGCCGACGCUACCACAAGAAAUUGUUGAUGACACUGCGCUGGAUAUCGAAUCGAUGAACAUCAGCGAUAAGUCUCACCCUAAGCAGUUCAAGCAAACUGGAAAACGCAAAAGCCGUUCAAACAGCCAAGAACAAGUUCUACAACGGACACUUCCUGAGCGUCGUGGAACCGGGUUAGAAGAAGCAAGUGCCCAGGAUGACUUUAAAUCGAACCAAGCGAAGCGACGAUCAAGCGCUCGAGACAAUCUGGACGAAGAGCAAAAGGGCAGUGACGAAGAUAACGAGGAUGCUACACCUCAAGUCUUUUGGCGAGCGAGUGCCAACGCAGUCGAAGGUACUGACUUGUCUGAGCCGACAACGUUUGAAGAUGCUGUUGGUGGACCAGAUCAAGUGCAUUGGCGUACAGCAAUCUGUUCCGAGUUGGAAUCGAUGAAACUUCGUGGCAUAUUCCGAGCGACCAAACUGCCAUCUGGACAGCAUACCAUUGGCACCAAGUGGAACCCUUGCAUCGACUACACGGAGACGUUUUCGCCGGUAGUCAAGUACGUGACGCUGCGCAUGGUGGUUGCAAUCACGAGGUACUUUGACUGGACACUGGACCAACUGGACGUGGUGACAGCUUUCCUUUACGGAGAAAUGAUGGAAAAGGUAUUCUGCGCGAUCCCAGAAGGAGUCGAAGUUGAUGAAGACUUUGACUGCUUUGAACUGGUCAAGGCGAUCUACGGACUAAAACAAGCAUCGCGCAUAUGGAACGAGACUUUCAUGAGUUCGUCUGCCCCAUUGGAUUUCAAGUCUCCGAUUUUGACUCGUGUCUUUAUCUCAAGAUUACAAGCGCGUUUCAACAUGACCGACAGCGGCAAGUGCGCAUUCGUGUUGGGCAUCGAACUGGUGGACAACGACAACGGUAGCGUGUCGAUGUGCCAGCGACGCUACGUGGAAGAUGUCCUCAAGCGUUUUGGCAUGAGCGACUGUAAAGCCGUCACCAGCCCAACAGACAUCAGUUCUCGACUCAUAACAAGCACCGCAGCAACUAUAAUCGACGCCCCGUUUCGUGAAGCAGUAGGCGCUUUGAUGCACUUGAUGACCGCGACAAGACCGGACAUUGCCUUUGCUGUGAGUUACGUUUCGCGCUUCAUGGAAAACCCCCAAGUCGAGCAUUGGAUGGCGGUCAAGCGCAUUUUGCGAUACUUUCAAGGGACUAAGUCGCACGGUAUCUGUUUCAAGUCUGAUGACAAGAUAGACUUCUGCGGCUACUCGGGUGCAGACUGGGCCGGAGAUCACGCUGAUAGCAAGUCGACUUCGGGAUAUGCGUUCAUCCUGAUGGGUGCUCCGGUGAGCUGGGGAAGCAAAAAGCAGUCAAGUGUGUCGCUGUCAACAAGUGAAGCUGAGUACAUUGCACUAAGCCUGGCGAUUCAAGAAGGCAAGUGGGUGCAUCGAUUGCUGUGCGAGAUUCUGGAUGCCGCAGAGGACAAGUCUGGACCCGAGCUCAAGAUUAUGGAAGAUAACUAA